AUGCCUCCCGCCUACAAACGCCUUAACGCGGACGACUGCGUCUUCCUCUUCAUCGAUCACCAGUCCGGGUUGAUCCAGCUAGUCCGCGACUUUGAGCCACAUGAAUUUCGCGAAAACGUGCUCGGCCUGGUGAAGGUGGCCAAAUACUUCAACGCCCCUUCCAUCCUGACUACAUCAUUCGAGACCGGUCCCAAUGGCCCCAUUGCCCAAGAGAUUCCCGAAGUGCUGCCCAACGCCCCCAUCAUCCGUCGCCCCGGUCAAAUCAACGCAAUGGAUAACGAGGAUUUCGCCAACGCGGUCAAGGCAACGGGCAAGCAACAGGUGGUUAUCAGCGGAGUCCUCACCGAGGUCUGCGUUGCGUUCCCUGCUCUCUCGCUGAUCGAGCAAGGGUAUGAUGUUUUCAUCGCCACCGACGCGUCGGGAACCUUUGCCGAGCAUACGCGGGAGGCGGCGCAUAAGCGCAUGGUGCACGCCGGCUGCCAGUUGAUGAACUGGGCGGCCAUUGCGGCUGAGUUGCACCGCGACUGGCGGCGGGAUAUUGCUGGCUUCGGGAAGAUCUGGACGGAUCAUGUCCCUGGGUAUUGGUGCUUGAUGCAGAGCUACCAAGCGGCCACGGAGAAUGCAAAGAAGUGA